GCUGUGUGUCUGACAUUUUGCAACGACAGCCACUCUGUGCGAUACGUUGCGUGGUCUGCAUUGUUUGGUGUUUUCGAACGUGGCCCCCUCCCCCUUCGAAACAGUGAAGUGCAAGAGUUCUCUUAUUAAUGAUUCAUAACGUGAAAAAGCUACGAUUAGGCUAUAAAGGAGCCUUUAUCUUCGUCGAAAGGAAAACAAGGAUAUGAAAAUCUCACGACACAACAAGGCGGAAGAUUCCUCCACACUCAUAUCGAUCCUAUUACCGCGGGCGAUGCAUCUUUUCGCUUGUCGAUCAGAGCAUGUUUGUAAACUAUUGACCUUGUACCGCGAAAGAUCGGUGAAUUAAUUUUUCCCCUUUCCUUGUCACCGAUACGAAACUAGAAAUUGUUGUUUCCUUAGAAUGGAGGUCAUCGGUGAAUACGAGUAUAACACUAAGGACCUGAUAGGUCACGGUGCUUUUGCCGUGGUGUUCCGGGGCAGACAUCGUAAAAAACCUAACUGCGUUGUGGCGAUCAAAAGUAUAACAAAGAAGAGUUUAGCGAAGUCACAGAAUCUUCUUGGCAAAGAGAUUAAGAUUUUAAAGGAGUUAACAGAACUACAUCAUGAAAAUGUAGUUGCUUUGUUAGAUUGUAAGGAAUCUAUUCAUAAUGUCUUCCUGGUUAUGGAGUAUUGUAAUGGUGGAGAUUUAGCGGACUAUUUAGGAGCAAAAGGCACAUUGUCAGAAGAUACUAUCAGAGUAUUUCUUAAACAAUUAGCAGGUGCAAUGAAAGCACUAUAUGCCAAAGGUAUCGUGCAUAGGGAUCUUAAACCACAAAAUAUUUUACUCAGUCAUAAUUGUGGCAAAGCAUGUCCGCAACCACAUCAAAUAACAUUAAAGAUAGCGGACUUUGGUUUUGCACGCUUUUUACAAGAUGGAGUAAUGGCUGCUACAUUAUGUGGUUCACCAAUGUACAUGGCACCUGAAGUAAUCAUGUCACUUCAAUACGAUGCGAAAGCAGAUUUAUGGUCUCUUGGAACAAUAGUAUUCCAGUGUCUUACUGGAAAAGCUCCAUUUCAAGCUCAUACACCACAUGCACUAAAAUUAUUUUAUGAAAAAAAUGCAAAUCUUGGUCCAAAGAUUCCUCCAGGAACUUCGCCAGAAUUAUCCGAUUUGUUAUUGGGUUUAUUGAGACGCAAUGCGAAAGAUCGUAUGCCCUUUGAUGAAUUUUUUGGCCAUCCUUUUCUUCAAGGAGCUAGAGAAAGUCCCAGUCCAGUUCCCGUGGAACUACCAGCCUCACCUGGUACAUUAGCUGUUCCAGAAGGACCUACGACUGUUACAAGAUCUGAACCGGAAACAAAUAGUCCAUGUUCCAGUCCAGAAGAUGACUUUGUGCUUGUGCCAAGUGAUCUUAGUAGUGAUACAGACAAUAAUCCUAACACCCAAGUCAAAUACACGAAGCAAACUAGCAGAGAGGCAGUAAGUCCACCACGACCAUGCUUUUUACCCAUAUCUGAACCAAUUCCAGUUCCCUCACAAAGAAGCGUGGCACAGUCAUCAUCACCAUCUGGUAAUAUAAGAUCUGGAAGUAGCGUUGUUCCUCGGUCUCAACCGAUUAGUAUGAAGCGAAGUGUCGACUCUCACAGAAGUCAUGCUCUUGACAUUGGCUCUCUUAGUCCGCCUAGUGUACAAUUUGUAAUAGGUACACCACCUGGUAGAAGAUUGAGUGAAACACCACCACCACCUAGUACUUGGCAAGUUAGUCCAGUGGCGCGACAUUCACAUAGUGGAACUUCACCAUUGCGCAGAUCAACAGGAAACAAUAGUGCAUCUUCUCCAUUGCUUACAGGUCCAUUGGCAGUUUUAGGAUCUCCUACUUCUAAAGCUUUUCAAGAUAACAAUAAUACACUUAGGCAUUCGCCUGUUAUACCUUUUGGCACAAGAGCUGUUACUCUUCCAGAAAUAUCAGAAGCGGGUAGUUUCCAAAAUCUUUUCCCGGACGUUAAUCCAACAUUAACGGAAGAUCGUCCAUUAACAUUUAUAGCCCCAGAACUCCCAGAAGAAACGCUUUUAGAGCGGGAACAUUCAGAGAUCUUAGCAAAAUUGAAUUUUGUUGUGGCAUUAUGUGAAUGUGUAUGCGAAGUUGCUAGAAAUAGAGCUGGACCUUUAGGCGCACCUUUGGGUGGGAUUGAACAAGCUAGUAAUGCAGUAACAAGAAGAAGAGCAGAACAAGUUAUUUUGUUAGUGAGGGCUCUUCAAUGGUUGAGUUCUGGAUUAAGUCUUGCAACUCAACAGCUUAAAGCUGGAAGGUUGCAACCUACAGCUAGUGUAAAAGAAGUUGUAAGUACAAUGAAUGAAAAGUUUAGAUCUUGCCUGACAGAAUGCAAACAGCUUAACAGUGCAGGAUUACUUCGACAACCGGGGGCUACAGCAGAUAAGAUUCUCUAUAAUCACGCAAUACAAAUGUGUCAGUCUGCAGCCCUUGAUGAAUUAUUUGGAAAUCCUGCUGAAUGUUUUCAGCGUUAUCAUACAGCGCAAAUAUUGUUACAUUCAUUAUCACAACACAUCAGUCACAGUCCAGACAAAGCACUUCUUAUCAAAUACAAAGAUGCAGUUGAAAAAAGAUUAUACGUACUUCAGCAGCAAGGUUAUAUCUAUGCAACUGAUCCUACGUAGCGCUCGUGAAAAUCAGAAACUGUGUGCGAUGCUGCAUACAGGCCAAUACUACAUUUGAUACCUCUGUUGUGUAAGAUCGUUUACUCUAUUCUGUAUAAAAAAUAUUAAUUUAUCUGUAAGAUUGUUCAGCAAAGAUGAAUAUAUACGCGAUUUAGUUUUGAAACAUAGUAUGAAUUGUUAGAAACUUAUGCAGAAUAGAGUAGACUAACAGAUCAAAAGAAUUAUGAAAGUGAUUCCUCUUAAAUUACUUUAUAUAUAAUUUAUCAACCGAUACCAAUAAUGAAUUAUACUGUAUAAUGUACGUAUGGUUGAUUAACUAAUCUUUAUUUCAUAUCAAUUAAUAAACAUGUGUAUACUAACAACA